CUCAGUUAUAAUGAAUUUGAAUGGGUUCACAUCCCAGACUUCAUGGGCUUCACCAACUUAAGAUAUCUCAGUCUCUCCAAUUGUUACUUUGCGGGGAGGAUUCCUUCAAAACUCGGGGAUCUUUCACAACUACGCUAUCUGAAUCUUAGGAGCAAUAUUCUUUGGGGAGAAAUUCCUGUUCAGAUCGGGAAUCUCAAACUGUUACAGUAUCUCGAUCUUGGAGGAUAUUAUCUUUCCGGAAAAAUCCCAUAUCAAAUUGGGAAUCUCAGAAAGCUACAAUAUCUCAGUAUUGGAGGUAAUUAUGGAGAGAUUUGGAGGCCCAAUAUUUCAAAUUCUCUUUCCGGAGCAAUCCCUUUUCAAAUUGGGAAUCUUCCAUUGUUGCAUACUCUUCGGCUGGAUGGCAAUUUUGAUGUAAAAGCUAAGGAUGCACAGUGGCUGUCUUCUCUCCAUUCCUUAACCGUUCUUCACCUCACUUCAUUACGUAAUCUUUGCUCCUCUCGCCAGUGGCUACAAACUAUUAGUAAGAUCAUUCCUAACUUAACAGAGUUGAGGUUAGCUGAGUGUAAUCUUCUAGAUGUUGAUAUUCAAUCUUUGUUUCAUUCUCGUUCUUCAAACAAUUCCAUUUCUCCUACCAUCCUUGAUCUCUCUUCUAAUAUGUUGACAUCAUCAACACUUCAACUCUUGUUUAACUUUCCAUCUCUUAAGAUCCUCGACCUCUCUUAUAAUAAUCUAGCAUCAUUAAUGUUUCUAGAGAAUUUUAAUAUCAGCUCCAAACUGCAAGAGCUUCAUCUACAAAGCUGCAAUCUUAUAGAUAGAAGUUUCCUUGUUUCAUCUCCUUUCACAGUGAAUUCUUUGUCCUCUCUUCACCACCUUGAUCUCUCUUAUAACUUGUUAAGAUCAUGCUCUACAUUUCAUUGUCUUUCUAAUUUCACUACCAAUCUUCGUAUCCUUCAACUACAAUCUAAUUUGUUGGAAGGUCCCAUUCCAAAUGAAUUUGGGAAAGCGAUGAACUCUCUUGAAUAUCUUAUUCUCUCCGAUAACAAACUACAAGGAAAAGUUCCGUCUUUCUUUGGAAGCAUGUGCAGAUUAUAUCGAUUAGAGCUCUCAAAUAACAAGUUCAACGGCGAAUUUCCGAGCUUCAUUCAAAAUUCUUCAUGGUGCAGCAGACACAUAUUUGGGGCUUUAUAUCUGGCUCAUAACCAAAUUACUGGCAAGAUACCCGAGGGCAUUGGACUGCUAUCUGAGUUGCAAAUUUUAGAUUUGCGAUGGAAUUUUUUAGAAGGUGACGUCACUGAAUGUCAUCUUUCUAAUUUUUUCAAAUUAUUUUUCUUACUGUUGUCACACAAUUCGUUGUCUCUAAAAUUUGUCUCUAAUUGGAUUCCCCCUUUUCAAUUAAAUUACCUGGAACUAGCCUCUUGUAAGCUGGGUAAGACUUUUCCAAGCUGGCUCCAAACUCAAAGUUCGUUAUUCUCUCUCGACAUUUCUGAAAAUGGCAUAAGUGAUUCCGUGCCAGAAUGGUUUUGGAAUAAGAUGCAGACUAUAUACUACUUGGAUAUGUCUCACAAUAAUUUCAUUGGUUCAAUUCCUAAUAUGCAACUGAAGCUUCUUUCCAGACCAUCUAUAAAUUUAAAUUCAAAUAAAUUUGAGGGAAAAGUUCCAUUAUUUUUGCUACAAGCUUCCGAGUUGUUACUCUCUUCAAAUAAUUUUUCAGAUUUAUCUUCAUUCUUAUGUGGAAACGUCACAGCUGCAAACUUGGCCACUUUAGAUUUAUCAUAUAACCAAAUAAAGGGGAAACUUCCAGAUUGUUGGAAAUCUGUAGACCAAUUAUUGUUUCUUGAUUUAAGCAGCAAUGAAUUGACUGGAAACAUUCCUAUAUCCAUGGGUACCCUUGUUAAAUUGGAAGCUUUUGUUUUACGAAACAAUAGUUUAAUGGGUGAAUUGCCUUCCUCUUUGAAGAAUUGCAACAAUCUAAUUAUGCUGGAUGUGAGUGAGAAUAUGCUGUCUGGUCCAAUACCAUCAUGGAUUGGAGAAAGCAUGCAACAAUUGAUAAUCUUGAUCAUGCGAGGGAAUCAUUUAUCUGGAAAUAUUCCCCUUCAUCUAUGUUAUUUGAAGCGUGUUCACUUGUUUGAUCUUUCAAGGAAUAACUUAUGGGGAGGAAUUCCAACUUGCUUAAACAAUUUUGCUGCAUUAUCUGAAAACAACAUCAACAGAACUGAAACUGAAAGUCGUGUGCAUUGGUACAAUACUACUUACUAUGAAAUUUAUAGUGUUUUGGUUGAUAGUUAUUAUAAGCUUCGCAUAACAUGGAUGUGGAAAGGAGUGGAACGCAGCUUCACGAAUCCCGAAUUGACUCUUCGUAGCAUUGAUCUAUCAUGUAACAAUUUAACAGGUAAAAUACCAAGAGAGAUUGCAUAUAUGUUCGGGCUAGUUUCUUUAAAUUUAUCUGCAAACAAUUUGAGUGGGGAAAUUCCUUCCGAGAUUGGAAAUUUACGUUCACUUGAAUCCCUUGACCUAUCAAGAAAUCAAUUCAAUGGGAGAAUUCCUUCUUCUAUUUCUCAAAUGGAUUUUCUCCAAAAGUUAGACUUGUCACACAACUCUCUUUCUGGAAGAAUCCCAUCGGGAGGACACUUUGAUACAUUUGAUGGCUCUUGCUUUGAAGGAAAUGUUGAUCUUUGUGGUGAACUACUUAACAAGAGUUGUGCUGGAGAUCAGAUAUCAGUAAAGCCUCAAGAAGCAACAACCCAUGGAGAAGAUUCUGUUUUCUAUGAAGCAUUAUACAUGAGUUUGGGGAUAGGAUUUUUCACAGGCUUUUGGGGCUUAUUAGGACCAUUACUACUUUGGCAAGCUUGGAGAAUUGCUUACUUGAGAUUCUUGAACACACUCAUAGACUAUCUACUAGUAAUGGUUGAAGUGAACAUAGCAAAGUGCCAGAGGUGGCUCGAAGAAUAACAGCACAGAAUUUGCAGUUUAAAUCGAUUUUCUUCGAGACACCGUUCUGAGAUGAAAGCAUUAUAGAUUGCUGGAGUGCAAGAUUUGAAGGUUGAAGUUUGUAAUAUAAAACUAGUUUUUGUACCCGUGCAAUGCACGGGGUUUUUUAGAUUUUAUAUAUUUGUAAUGGUAAUGAACAAUGAGUGUUAUGCAAUAAUCUACAUAUGAAAAUAUGAUGUCUUAAAAAAAUUGUC